AUGUCCUCGCCAGAGCUGGUCGAAAGAGUCUUUCCCAUCCGCCUAUCUAUUCUUGAGAACUCGCCAUAUCUGCGAAAUAGUGAUACUGCUGGAGUUGCUCUUUCAGUUGUUCCUGUUCAGGCAGAAGACCAUUCUGUGACUGGUGUGGAAGCCCAGGUGGCAGCCCCCGAUGGGCUUGUCCCAGGGCCAGAUCCUCAAGCACCGUUGAUAACACCCGAAGCUGUUAUCGAACAUGGCCCUGACGAGGCAUUGAGAUCGUCGAAUCCUUUGGUGACGGACAGAUUUGAAUACACCGUCAUGAACGACGGGUCACACGGCGUCUUUCAGGGCACACGACGAGUUGUCACUCGUUGCGAAGAUGAGUUGAUCCACAUCCCCGGAGCGAUUCAAUCGCAUGGUAUGCUCGUGGCUCUGAAGCGGCGAGCAGAAGGAGUCUACAUUCCCCGGGUUGUGAGCGAAAACUCGUUUCAAGUCUGCCACUUUCACCCUGCCGAGAUCUUUGCCCUCGACAGCUUCAACAAGGUGGUACCGACCUACCAGCGACCACUGUUUAAUACCCAGCUAAGAAGUGUGAGAACCACGUACGAGAUCACGAGGAAAGAGCAAGAACCUGUGGUAUUCGACUUUUCCUUUAGCGAUCCCGAAGGACUCAUUAUUCCAUGCUGGUGCGCUGUUCACUACCUUGGAGGCGAAGUCGACUUGUACAUUUGCGAAUUUGAGUUGCAGGACAACGCAUUGCACCCCAUGGCCCAUUACUGGCAGGCUGAUGUGCCGCCAAAUCCCAUCGACACUCUAGGAAGCGACCACAUGGAUCUUGCCACUGUCUCAAGCAUGCAGACUCGCAGUCAACCUGUCAUUUCCAGUCCAGACGCCCUGUGUGGCGGUCUUGGCCCCAAUGCAUCCUCGGUCGAGGUCGUCAACGUGGCAACCAAGAUUCAAAAACAAUUCUCAGCCGCAAAAUCGGUUUCCCAGUUGCUGGAUUCUAUUGUCGGCGUGGUUAAGGAACUCUCAAGGUUCAACCGGGUCAUGGUGUACCAGUUUGACCAAGACUUCAACGGCACGGUCAUCGCCGAGCUCAUGGAUCCCGCCACAAGUCGUGAUGUUUACCGUGGUUUGCACUUUCCACACACAGAUAUCCCACCUCAAGCACGGCGCCUGUACAUGGUCAACAAAGUUCGUGUGCUUUUCGACAGAACACAGACUACCGCCCGGUUGGUGGGUAGAGACCGGAAAGACAUCGAAACCCCAUUGAAUCUCACACACUCGUAUCUCCGAGCAAUGUCGCCGGUCCAUCUCAAAUAUUUGGAAAAUAUGGAGGUUCGAUCUUCCAUGUCUCUGUCGCUCGAGUCGGAGGGCAAGCUUUGGGGGCUGAUCAUUUGCCACUCAUAUGGACCCACGGCAACGCGUGUACCUUUUACGGUGCGGGAAUUGAUAUAUUUUGUGGGCGUCUCAGCAUCGACCUGUUUGGAGAAGCUGCUCAACGCCGACAGGCUCAAAGCUCGGCGCAUCAUUGAGACACUUCAAGACCAAAAGAGCCCCAAUGAAUGCAUCACGGCAUCGUCGGACGAGCUACUCAAACUCUUCGAGGCCGACUGUGGCUUCCUUGUGGUGGAGGGUGAGGCUAGAACAAUUGGGCGACUGGCAGCAUAUGCCGAGGCCGUAACACUGCUCAAGUAUUUGUUCUUCCGAAGAUCGAGCAGAAUACUCGUCUCGAGCAACUUUGCCCAUGAUUUUCAGGAUCUUCACUAUCCAAGCGGCUUCAAGGCAAUUGCCGGUGUCUUGUACAUCCCAUUGUCGGGGAUGACGGACGACUGUGUGGUGUUUUAUCGCCGAAGUCAGCUUCGAGAGGUUCACUGGGCAGGGAAGCCAUGCCUGGCAGGCAAGUUUGGCACGCUGGAACCUCGCAACAGCUUUCAAAAAUGGACCGAAGUGGUGGAUGGAACCAGCAAGAGCUGGACACCAGAGCAAGCCACCCUGGCCACCAUGGCCCAGCUUGUUUACGGCAGCUUUAUCAGAGUCUGGCGUGAGAAGGAAUCCGCUGUCAAAGAGACAAGGUUGAAGCGUCUGCUUCUGCAUGAUGCAUCACACCAAGUGCGAACACCCCUGAACGCAGUGAUCAACUACCUUGAGAUGGCCCUCGAGAAGCCUCUGGAGGAGAGCACCAAGCAAGCUCUCACGUCGUCCUACACGGCAUCCAAGUCUCUCAUCUACGUCAUAGAUGACCUCCUGAAUUUGACAGGGAGCGCAACUGGGUCGAUCCCGCAGCUCUCCAACCUCUUUGAUGUGGGAGUCUGCUUGGAGGAGGCCAUGGAACCUCUCGAGCGGCUGGCAAGGGAGAAGGGAAUCGAGGUUGUUCUCAAACCCUGCACAGGAGCUGUUCGAUUCGUGCGAGGUGACCCAUCCAGUCUCCAACGGGCCGUCUCCAUACUGGUCGCCAACGCCAUUCAGCAUACAGUCAGGGGGCGGGUGUUGGUCGAGUGGACUACAACGUGCAAGAAAAUGGAAAGCUGCACGAUGCAAAUUUCGGUCAGCGACUCGGGCCCCGGUCUCAGCGAACGAGCCCUCGAUGACAUGUUUCAGGAAUUUGAGCAGGUUCCAGACGAAGACUUUGACGAGCUCAUGGGCCAGUCGCUGGCGCCGAGGGACAAUGUCCUUCGCGUCGGUGUUGGACUAGCCUUUGUGGCCCGCUAUGUCAAACAACAGAACGGGCAGCUGAGAGUGAAGUCAGUCAAAGGACUUGGCUCAACUUUCAUCAUCGAGGCGCCCUUUACCGUGGUAUCGCGCGCACACUCUCUGGCUGCACGUAGGGACGCAUCCCCGCUCCCAGCAUUGCCCAUGCCUGGACGCCCGUCGGUUUUGGGGUCGUUUCCCCCCAAAACACACGACAUCACACCGGCAGGAUCGUCAGGUGCGGGCCUGGGAUCCAAGAUGGGUGCCUCGCCACCCAUCGUUGUGCCGACACCAAGCAUUUCGCCCAUGGACACGGCGCGGACGCCGACGACACUCUGCUUUACCGUCCUGAUUGCCGAUGACAACAUUAUUAAUAUCCAAAUUCUCAACCGUCGCCUGACCAAGUUCGGUCACAAGGUUCUUGUCAGUCGCGAUGGCCAAGAGUGUUAUAACAUGUUUGCGGCGAAUCAAGCUACUACUGAUUUUAUCCUGAUGGAUCUCAACAUGCCCGUCGUCGACGGUUGGGCUUCGGUUAAGAUGAUAAGAGACCUCGAAAACGCCAGACCGACCCCAUCUCGCGUUGUCCAAGCCUAUGGCCGUGUCCCUGUCUUUGCCAUCUCUGGCAUGCUCCGGCGUGGAGACGAACAGCGGUACAAGGAUGUGGGCUUUGACGGCUGGAUGCCCAAGCCCAUUGAUAUGAAACGACUCUCCACCUACUUGACCGGUGCUGUCGACGCACCAACACGGAAGCAGGGUGUUUAUCAAGAGACACACUUUGCCAUGGGCGGGUGGUUUCCCGAGGAGACUGUCCCACCACUUGUUAUGGAGAGGCAGUUGCAGCCGGAAGAGGAAGUUAUUGAGAUUGAACAUGUUAAGGAAGAAAAUCCCGAAGCAGCUUACAUUCCUCUUCCUGUGACAGCAAUGGAGUCUCCAUCAGUGCCGAGGGCUGAUGACUCCUUCUUCCCCAGCAAGGACUGGAGCGUACCGCCAGCCAACGAAGAUGAUCAUCGAAUGGCUUGUCCUCUUCCACUUGAAAAGGAUGGUGUUGGCCAGAAAGAAACUCCCCCUCCUGACAGCGCCAUCGCCAUCCACUCCACCAUGAAUACGCCCGCGGUGGAGGCUAGCCCGGAGAUUUGGAGCCUGCAUCAACCUCAACCACCAACGGACAGCAUCGAAGCAGUGCUGGAAGCUGAUGAGUGCCCUCCAUCGAGUGAGGGCGCAGCAAAGCCAGUAUCUGGCCGAGGUCAUGCCCAGACACCGGCAGCGAGACCGCUUCAAGUGGACCCCUUUUCUGAAUACUGCUCGCAGCCAGAGGUAUCGUCUCCUGCGAGGACGAUUUGA